CGUCCCUCGCAGGUUGAGCCGGAGUCGGAGCGUUUCCGCCUCGCGGCCGCCGCACGCCCGGGGCCAGCCGAGCCCAGCCGAGCCGCGCCGCGCGCGGGGCGUUCCGCCGCUCGCCUCCCCUCAGACCGGUCUUAAGGCAGCGGCGCCGGCGGCCGAAGGAUGUGGCGGAGGCGGCAGUGGCAGGCGCCGCGGCCGAGGGAGCCCUGAGCCCGAGCAGCGCUUCCCGGCCCCGCGACCCCCGGCCCGGCAGCGACCCCCGGCCCGGCCCCCGCCGUCCCCCGCCCCUCGGCGACGUCGCCCUCCGCGGCCCCGCCCGCCCCCGCCGGGUCCCCGCGCCCUGGAGCCCCGCGCGGGCGCUGAGCGCAGCCCGUGAGCCGAGCGCAGCCAGGAUGGCCUCGUCGUCCGGCAACGACGACGACCUCACCAUCCCCAGGGCUGCCAUCAACAAGAUGAUCAAAGAGACGCUGCCCAACGUCCGCGUGGCGAACGACGCCCGGGAGCUGGUGGUCAACUGCUGCACUGAGUUCAUCCACCUCAUCUCCUCCGAGGCCAACGAGAUCUGCAACAAAUCGGAGAAGAAAACUAUCUCCCCGGAACACGUCAUACAAGCGCUAGAAAGUUUGGGGUUUGGCUCCUAUAUCAGUGAAGUCAAAGAAGUCUUACAAGAAUGCAAAACAGUAGCACUAAAGAGAAGAAAGGCCAGUUCGCGCUUGGAGAACCUCGGCAUUCCGGAAGAAGAGCUACUAAGGCAGCAACAGGAAUUAUUUGCACAAGCUAGACAACAGCAAGCAGAACUGGCACAGCAGGAAUGGCUACAGAUGCAACAAGCAGCUCAACAGGCACAGCUCGCUGCUGCCUCAGCCAGUGCAUCCAAUCAGGCAGGAUCUUCUCAGGAUGAAGAUGAUGAAGAUGAUAUCUGAAAAUCACCAGCUGAGUUGUCUUACUAAGAAAUACUUUUCCUGCACAAUGAAAACAGUGAAAUGAAUGCUUACCUGUAAGUUUGUAUGCAUCGUGGACUGGCAGUUGGUAUUCUAGGGGUGUCUGCUGUUGUGUGCUGUACAUGUAUAAACUGUCUUUUUUGAACUCUUGAAGAUUUAAGGUUCAGUAUCAUAUCAACUUUGGAUUUUUAAUGGUGUAUAUGGAAAUUUUAGAUAGCAGUGCGUCAUUUAUUUGAUCAAUAAACAGUGUUACAAUAAACAACAUGUUUAUAAAAUAUAGUGAGAUUUAUACAAAAAGCUCUAAAUCCACAUUUGCAUUUCUUCCCUUUUAACUAAACUACGAAAUCUUACUUAGAAUUUUUAAUUGUUUUUUGGGGGAGUGGUACAGUAGACAUAAUCUGUUAACAUGAAAAAAAAAGUAGAGUUCAGCAUAGAAGAGUCUGAAUUCUUAGUUCUUUUUAAAAUGAGGAUGUAUAUGGCAAUAAAUAUUAUAUAUGCUCAAAUACCACACUUGUUAAAAUUUGAAAAUUAUACAUUUUCGCCAAGCUAGGAAAAGGUAUGUUUAAUAGGAGUUGUACAAAUUCAGUCUUUUUUUUUGUAUAGGGGUGAAAAAAAAUAAACCCAUGGUUUUAUUAUGGCAUCCUUUUGACAGUCCUAACUGAGUAUUUCACUUCAAAGACUGCCUGGUUUGAAGAACUAACUCUUCUUUUACUUCACUCCAGUUUAAUGUUAACUGUUGUUGAUGGUAUUUUGUAGUCCAGAUUUAUUCAUAUUGUUGAAAUAUAAAGCUGGAACUUAAAGAAACAAAAUUGUUUUCUGCUGAUGUGACAGGGAGUGAUUACGUAUUUAAGACCAAGAGGGCAAAAGCUGACCCUAACAGCAUGUUUGUCAAAAAAGAGAGAAUUUAUUUAACCUUGAUUAGUCAUUGUCAGCAUAAUGCUAACAUUCUCCAGACUAGAUUGCCACUGGAUUACUAAGAUACCUUGUUGAGAGACAACAUUUUCUUCACUCAGAUUGGUUUGUAGGUAAGUCCAGGUUUCUGAUAAAUUGUUCCCCAAGAGUGAUCAGCAGCAAUACAUGAAACAGAAAUGAUAUACUUGUCCUUUUGAUAGUUCUGUUGAUUUAAUGGAUGAGCAGCUGUCCUUUGUGUUGAAAUAAAGCACAGUAGUGUCCAUUGCUGAGUUUUAAUGUGUUACUUGAAGUAAUACUGGCAUAUCUUCUGGUACACUAAUCUGAGCAGACUAGAAAAGCCACUUGCAUGCUGCUGUAGUUGACCUCGUAGCUCUCAGACAAUGGGGAUGGUUUAACCAAGUGAUGUCCUCAUGAGUUGCUCUGGUUGGAAUUCUUGAGGAGGGCUGCAGCAGUCUGUGUACAUCAGGAUGCAAACAGCAAAUGGUGGGCCCGUUUUUACAAAAAGAUCUGAACAAUAUAAAAUUGGCAUGUAUUCAGAUCUCAGUGACAUAGUGACUUUUGAUUUAAAUUGGAGAUGUUUUAAGUUGCAUAUUGAAUAAAUGUGAACAUGUCUUUAAAAGCAGUAAUACAGUGAAAAUUCAGAAGAGUAUUUGUUUGAAUGUUUAAGUUAAAAAAAGAAAAAAAAAAACAACUUUCCUGGAGACCAGAUAAAAUGUUAGGCAAGGUUUGACUGAAGAAGUGGUUUUCUGUAAAGGUUUAAGUACCAAAGGUAGAAAAUCUAGUCUAGUGAUACAAUGUUAAUGUGCAGUGUUGGCUUUUCUAAUUUGUACUGUAACACCUUCACACUUUCUAUUUUAAAUGAGUCUUUUCCUUCUAAAUAAUACUAGGUAUAUUUUCACACCUUUCUUUUCUGAUGCAGAAAUCAGGUUAACAUUUUACUGCAUCUGGUAUGUAUGGUGUAAUGUUUGAAUUUUUGUGACCUUUCUUUUUGGACAUUCUUGUGCUUUUUCAUAUGCUGUAUUCUUCAAGCAAUAAAAUUCUGAUGUGUUUUUAUAAAAUUGCUUUUAUAUUUAAUGAACAGUCUGUCUUCUUCAUUUCCUUUAUAAACAAGAAAAAGACUACUGAAGCCCUGUUUUUAUUUUGGCUUACUGGACACUUUUUGUGACCCGACGUCUUUACAGCCAGAGUGAUGUUGGAUUGGAUUGCUGUGCACUGGGGUUGUUAUUGCUUGCAAACAACAUAUCUGGGCUUGACCUGCUCUCUUUCCUCCUGGGAAUUGCAUUUAGUAUUUAUGUAUUUUUAUAACUUGACAUUCUGCACCUGAGAGCUGCACAGAAGCUGCUGUAGAUUGUGUACCAGCUGCUGAAAUGCUUUCAUCAAGUGAAAGGCUACAGGCAGAGGCUGAGGUAGUAAGAAUUUCAUGUAGUCAUGAUUAGAGAUUACUUAUUCAGCCAUUCUUCUCCAAGUAUGAAAAUAAACUCUGGCACUUUCAGAAGAAUCUUCACUGGUGUUUCAGCAAACAAAUUUUGUAUUACUUUGCUGUUGUGCUUCCGUGCAGGAGUUGCUCAGUGAAGACAGAUUUCUGAAUUUAUGGUACCCCUGAUGAUUUUGGUACACCAGGUACAUAGAGCAUAAAGUUUGGUUAGUGAACUGUAUUGUUGCUUUGUCUCACAAGAAACAUGUAUAAGGAUGUGUCUGUUUCUUAAAUAUUGAGUUGAUAAGAUUAUCUGUGGGUUUUCCAUAAUUACUUUCAAAGUGCUCAAGUGACUUACUCAUGAAUUCUUUCUAUUCUAUUACUUUAAUAAAGUGCACAUCUGCAUGACAUUGUCCAUAAUGAAUAUAGUUGUAUUUACUACACUGAGGUACUUUUAAAGGAGUAUCUGAGGGAUUCUAAACAUCAAAUGCCUUAAAUGGUAUUUGAUGGGAUUUCAGUAGUUGUAUGUGGCUAAUUGAGCUGCAUUUUGAAACACUGGAAUUUCUGCCACAAUGGAAAAUGUCCCUGAAAACCACAAAUAUAAAUUAUGUUCUUCAGAUUUUGUAAAUCUCCACAAAGGAGGACUGUGAAUUGUAAUGCUUGGUUGAUCAUUUUGUAUGGCAAGAUUGUUUUCAGUUGAAACAAAGCCAAGUAAAGGUGACUUGGCAUUUGAAACAAUGCCAAGUAAAGUGACUUAAUGAUCACUGUGAAACAGCCAAACCCUUACUCUGAAAUGUGUACCUCAUUUUCGUUUCCUAGGGUUGGAUUGUGAUUUUGUGUAAGCCAUGCACCAAACAAUGUGGAAGGAGGAGGAGGGGAGGUUUAUAUGAAAGAUAAAGCAUGCUAUGGUGAAAUUUACUUUUGGUAUUAUACUGUUUAGCUGUCUAAUCUGGAAAAGUUGUACUCUGCAGCUUUACAGUGCGAGCACAUCAGUGGGAUGCUGGCCAGUGUUCAGAUGGAUUUCACUUACAGUCAGUACUGGCUCUUGGAGCCCUCAGACUUGUUAAAAGGACACUCAAUACAUGUGCCAUCUGGGACUAAAGGAUGCUGGAUGGAUGCACCUCACUGAUGCAAAGGAGUGUCUUUGAGCCUUGCUGUCAGCCCAUUAAGGUUUGCUUGCAAUCAGGACCAAUAUGUUCCUUUUCAAAAUACAUUUGUGCUUAGUUUGAAUUUUUUUUCCUGAUUUGAGUGCUUUUUGUUUGGAUUCCAUGCCACCAUUGCUACAGAAAUCUGUAAGAAUGUAUUAAUGGCUUUGGAAGUACUUGCUACAGUUGUUGGGUAUGUGGGGCAACAAAUGUGCUAGAGCUGUGCACUUCUGGAAAGAAGCAGAGUGAAAAUGUUCUGUUCUGUGGUGCUGUGCUGUAAUACAACUGAAGCCAAUACUUGGGGAGUGGAGGUUUUGCAAUAAAAUAAUUAGACAGUGAAUCCAGUUGGAUACACCUAAUCCCAUA